GUUUCAACAAUGAGUUGAAAUUUGUAAAACAAUAUUUUUUAGAAAACAGUAGAAGUUCUUUCUUUUUUCAAAGAGAAAAGCGUAACAUUUCGCAGAUAUCACUAACUUAACCUGAUAUUGCCAAUUUGAGACUUUAGCGACGACGAAAAAGCUCAAGUUUUAUUCACGCUAAUGCAUUAUGAAUAAACACAAGUGCGAACUGUAUGUGAGAAAAGUAAGCGAAUAUCCGUUUGUGCGUGUGAAACCAUUAACUUUAAAGAAUCUGUGGAUAUCUUGGUGCGGCAUCAGCAAAUACACUCCGAAAUGUGCUCUUUACAUGGACAGCACGGCCAAAAUAACUGCCGAGAGAAACAGGCAUGCUGCACUUAAUCACUGGUGGAUAAUACAUCCAUUCAGUUAUGUUAGAUUUUUAUGGGAAAUCUUUAUGACGGCAAUAUAUCUGAUUGCUUUCUUUACCAUUCCUUGUAUGAUCUGCUUCGUUGUAAUGGACUACAAAUCCAUUCGUUUGGACAAAGUGAACAUUCCGAUUUACGCGAUCUGCUGGAUAGACGUAGCGUUCAAUUUCGUUACGGGAUAUUGCGACGAGAAAAAUAUGUCUGUCGAAUUGAAGCUCGGUAGAAUAUUUACUUUUUAUCUAAGAGGAUAUUUCGUUCUGGAUGCGCUAUCUUCUCUCCCGUACGAUCAUUUGACAAUGCCGUGGCGAAGACUUCCGGGAGACGGUUCGCAUUUUGCCGUCACCUUAAUCAAUCUCCUGCCUCUCUUAAAGUUGACACGUUAUAGCACUCUCAAGUCGAACAUUAAUCAUCUAUUUACGUAUUUAGGAAUACAAAACUACAACUUAUGUAAAACCCUAUUGCUGGCGCUAUAUUUGAUCGUUUGGUUUUCCUGUCUGACUUACUUUACACCGAUUUUCGUGAUAUAUCUUUUCAACAUCCCACCAACGGACUGCGAGGAUUGUUGGAUGGAGGACUUGGAAGACGACAGUUUUCGACUGAGAUUUAAAAACAGCGUGUACAUCGCGGUGAUAAACAUAAUGGCGAGUGGCUACGGCCGAUAUCCACCCAAAACGACCAGUAUCGCCAUUUUAUUUAGCCUUCUUAUGAUCAGCGGCAAAUUCAUUGCGUGUUACAUUUUGAUCGCGUUGUUUCGUUUCACGGCUGAGAGCAAAAUAUCUGAAGUGCAAUACGAAGAGAUAAUAAAUCAAGUGCAAGCCUAUGUGAAACACAAAAAUCUAUUGCCGCACAUAAGAGAGCGCAUUCUAGCUUAUUAUCAUUAUCGCUUUAGGGGAAGUUACUUCCGCACCAAGCGUAUUUUGUCAGAUUUGACAGAACUACUACGCCAGGAGGUUGCAUUUCAUUCCUGUCGACGAUUAAUCGAGAACGUAGCGAUCUUCAAACAUUUACCGAACGACGUUCUCCAGUUACUGAUGAACAAGUUGAAGUUCGAGUUGUAUUUGCCAAAUGAUGUAAUCAUCAAAUCCGGCACUCAGGGUGACUGCAUGUUCUUUCUCUCCUUCGGAAUUGUCUCGGUUUUAACGCCAACUGGGAAAGAGAUCUGCCACUUGGAAGACGGCGCUUACUUCGGCGAAAUCGCGCUUUUACUGACGGAUCAUCGUAGAAUAGCCAGUGUCAUCGCAGUCGACGUCUGCGAGGUUUAUCGGCUCGAUCGUAAGAACUUUCGUCAGUGCGUAGACGUAAACAGCGAAUUGUUCGCGGAAAUCGAACGCAUCGCCAGCGAACGCAUAGAAAGAACACUCUUAAUUGAGGAACAGUAUAAACGUUACCUUCCCGAAGCGAAACAACAAACUACAACGGAGAACUUAAAUUACAAUAAAUUCUCAUAAUCUGCGUUGUUAUUUUCGGGACGUAAA